AAUGAGGAGCAGGGUGAGUGAGUGUCUUUAUUAAAAGAUAAAAGUCUUUUGUAAGCAGAAGAAGGCAGCCAGCAGCAGAUGAUUUGAGGGUUUCAGGGGAGGAGACAUACCCAAUUUCACCCAACACCUCUCUUCUUCUCUCUCUUCCAAAGCCAAUUUGCACACUAGAUCAAACCCUCGAGCGAUUUCUAUGGCAUAUAGGAAGGAGUAAACAAAGAUAUCUUUCCCAAAAUUUUAGCUUAAAGAUGGUUUUUAUGCCUUAUGUCUCUGAGGAUGCUAAUGAGUUGACUCAACAAAUUCACCAUCAAGAUUCACCUACCUGCCAUUCGCACUAUCAAGAUGAUGGUGAUAUUUCUCCACAAGCAGUUCACUCCCAAAAUCAGUGCAUCUCAUCAGUCUCAGAUGAAAGCUACAAGCUUGAAAAAGCUCAGACGAAGAAGCCACUCUUAUUCAUGGGAAAUCCAACUUUUGGCCUCACUAAUCAUCAAGUCACCCCGAUGGUUCAACAUGCUUAUGCUGAUCAUUACUUGAAUGGUCUUUACGCUGCCUAUGGAUCACACCCUAUGAUUCCACCUCAAAUUGCUCCUGCACGAGUUCCCCUGCCCCUAGACCUAUCAGAAGAUGGUCCUAUUUACGUGAAUGCUAAACAGUAUCAUGGUAUUCUCAGAAGAAGACAAAUCCGUGCUAAGCUUGAAGCUCAAAACAAACUGGUGAAAAACCGAAAGCCUUACCUUCAUGAAUCUCGACAUAAGCAUGCUUUGAACAGGGUUAGAGGGUCUGGUGGGCGAUUUCUUCCAACUAAAAAAACACAGCAAUCAAAAGCGAAUCAUCAUUGCUUCUUGAAUUGCUCAGACUCCCAUUCAUCUGGAAGUGAGCAUAUGAUGAUGAAGCAUGGGUUCUCGUGGGGGAUAAGAGGAAACGAGGGGUUUGGAGAUCCUAAUCGUGGCCGGUGAGAAACACUUCUUCAUCGGCAGGCAACUCAUCCUUGGCUUUGUUACUGAUUAAGUUUCGACGUUGGUCGAGCUUAACUUUACCAUUUCUGUUGUGUUAUGUUUACCUAAAAAGUGUGCUGCUUUACUUUGACUUGCAUAAAUUUACCAUUUCUGUUUGGACCGUUGGGUUACUAGUAGCCAAUGGACCGGGAUGUAAACUAUGGAUUUGCUUUCUUAGCUGACUGGUGCUUGCUUAGCUCUAUUUAGAUUGGGGUAUGAGUGUGUUGUACUUUCAUAAUGCCUAAAUAGCAUCUAUGUAUUUAUAUCUCUUUUCCUA